AUGGCGGCGCCCAGCGCGGCGCUGAGGCAGAGCGGGGUCGGGUCGCCGCCGUCGCCGGGCACCUUCUGGCUGACCCGCAUCGUGCUGCUGCGAUCCAUAGCCCUGCUUUACUUUGUGGCCUUUCUGGUGGCAUAUCAUCAAAACAAGCAGCUAAUAGGAGAGAAGGGGCUGCUCCCUUGUAAACUGUACCUGCAGAAUGUCAAGAAGUAUUUCAAAGGGAAGAUAAACCUGGAUGCUCUGAGCUAUGCACCAACCAUCAUCUGGUUUCUGGACUGGUCAGACAUGGACAGCACCUUGGACUGCCUCUCCCUGCUUGGCCUCGCAACUUCAGCCUUCGUAUUGAUAACUGGAUGUGCAAACAUGGUCCUCAUGUCUGUCCUCUGGGUUCUCUACCUCUCGUUGGUCAAUGUUGGACAGAUCUGGUAUUCCUUUGGAUGGGAAUCACAGCUCCUGGAAACGGGAUUCCUGGGGAUAUUCCUCUGCCCGCUCUGGACCCUCUCCCGUCUGCCCCGGCAUACUCCUCCUUCCAGCAUUGUCAUCUGGGGCUUCCGCUGGCUGAUUUUCAGGAUCAUGCUUGGAGCGGGGCUGAUUAAAAUUCGAGGAGAUCGCUGCUGGAGAGAGUUAACUUGCAUGGAUUAUCACUACGAGACGCAGCCAGUGCCCAACCCCAUCGCCUACUUCAUGCAUCGCUCGCCGUGGUGGUUUCAUCAGUUCGAGACCCUGGUCAAUCACUUCAUCGAGCUGGUGGUGCCGUUCUUCCUCUUCCUGGGACGGCAGAUGUGCAUUGUACACGGCCUCUUGCAGAUCCUCUUCCAGGUGCUUCUGAUCAUAAGUGGAAACCUGAGUUUUCUCAACUGGCUAACCAUCGUGCCCAGCAUCGCCUGCUUCGACGACGGCAGCCUGGGGUUCCUCUUCAGCUCCAGGCGAGGAGGGGUGAAGGAGCGGGUGGCAGAGAUGCAGCUCAAAGAGGCGGCCGGCGAGCCCCGAACAGGCUGCUAUGUCCGCAGAGUGGUGAACAUCUCCUUUGGCCUCCUGAUUGCUUAUCUCAGCAUCCCGGUUGUCCUAAACCUGCUCAACUCCAGACAAGUGAUGAACACCUCGUUCAACCCUCUCAGAAUAGUGAACACGUACGGAGCUUUCGGGAGCAUUACCAAGGAGAGAACAGAAGUUGUCCUUCAGGGGACGUCCAGCCUGGAUCCCAACGACCCCGCUGCUGUCUGGGAGGAGUAUGACUUCAAAUGCAAGCCUGGGGACUUGAAGAGGAGGCCAUGCUUUAUAACCCCCUACCACUACCGCCUGGACUGGCUUAUGUGGUUUGCUGCCUUCCAGACCUAUGAGCAGAAUGAAUGGAUAAUCCACUUGGCUGGGAAGCUGCUGGCCCAGGAGGAGGAGACCUUGUCCUUGAUGGCCACGAACCCAUUUGCGGGCCGAGCACCCCCACGGUGGAUCCGAGGGGAACACUUCAAGUACAAAUUCAGCCGACCUGGGGGAAAGCAUGCCAGCGAGGGGAGGUGGUGGAUUCGGAAGAGGAUCGGCCCUUACUUCCCCCCCGUCAACCUCCAGGGCCUGAAGAAGUUUUACGAAGACAGGAAUUGGCCGUACCCCGUGCGGGACUGA